UCCGCUGUCGUCUGCCAUUGACACUCUCUCUCCUGGUACUUCUGUUUUGCCACUUACCCGCAAAAUUACUCUCACAUUGGGAAUGAAGAGUGAAGACUAGAUGAAUUUUUCUUUGGGCGCACUCGUAAAAGCGGAGUUUUCAUGUUUAUUUAACUUUCUUGGACUCCAAAGAAUGGGUUGAGUUAUUUCAUUAGGGUUUCGGAGUUCUUGGCCUUGCUCGAUAUAGUUUUUGGACAUGGCUAGCGAGACUGCAGAAUCAAAUCCGGUCUCUGUUUCUGUACAGCGUUGAAGCCGCAGAAAUUCUUGCUAAUGAGGCUCUGCGUUUGCCCAUAUCAGAUGCAGUGCCAAUAUAUGAGCAGCUUCUGGCCACAUUCCCCACUUCGGCGAAAUAUUGGAAGCAGUAUGUUGAAGCAUUCAUGGCCGCAAACAAUGAUGAAGCAACACGACAAGUAUUUAGUCGUUGUCUUUUGAAUUGCUUGCAAGUUCCUCUUUGGCGCUGCUAUAUCCGCUUUAUAAGGAAAGUUAAUGACAAGAAGGGAAUAGAGGGUCAGGAAGAGACGAAGAAAGCUUACGAAUUCAUGCUUAGCUAUGUCGGAGCUGAUAUAGCAUCUGGUCCUGUGUGGAUGGAGUACAUUGCAUAUUUGAAAUCUGUACCGGCUCAAACAACACUCGAGGAGUCGCAACGGAUGACUGCUAUACGUAAAACGUACCAGAGGGCUAUUGUUAUGCCUACUCAUCAUGUUGAACAGCUUUGGAGGGACUACGAGAAUUUUGAAAAUUCAGUUAGCCGUGCGCUGGCAAAAGGGUUAUUGGCUGAAUAUCAACCAAAAUAUAACAGUGCUAGGGCUGUUUACCGGGAGCGUAAGAAGUAUGUUGAUGAAAUAGAUUGGAACAUGCUUGCUGUUCCUCCUUCUGGUUCUUCUAAGGAGGAAAUGCAAUGGACAGCGUGGAAAAGGUUAUUAAGCUUUGAGAAAGGCAACCCCCAGAGGAUCGACAAUGCUUCCGCAAACAAGCGAAUUGCAUUUGCUUACGAGCAGUGCCUCAUGUAUUUAUAUCAUUACCCUGAUAUAUGGUACGACUACGCUAUGUGGCAUGCACAAAGUGGUUCCAGAGACUCAGCAAUUAAAGUUUUCCAGCGUGCAUUGAAGGCUCUUCCUGAUUCGGAGAUGCUAAAGUAUGCUUAUGCUGAGCUAGAGGAAUCUCAUGGAGCUGCUCAGGCUGCAAAAAAGGUGUAUGAAAGUCUUCUAGGGGAUGGUGCAAAUGCAACAGCUCUAUCACACAUCCAGUUCAUACGGUUUCUGAGAAGAACUGAAGGAGUUGAAGCAGCUCGGAGAUACUUUCUGGAUGCACGCAAAUCUCCAAACUGCACUUACCAUGUUUAUGUUGCAUAUGCGAUGAUGGCCUUCUGUCUAGAUAAGGAUGCAAAGCUUGCACACAAUAUAUUUGAAGCAGGCCUGAAACGUUUCAUGCAUGAACCUAGCUACAUUCUUGAAUAUGCUGAUUUCUUAUGCCGCUUGAAUGAUGAUAGAAAUACCCGUGCUUUGUUUGAACGAGCACUGAGCUCGCUUCCACCUGAUGAAUCGGUUGAGGUUUGGAAAAGAUUCGUCCAAUUUGAGCAGAUGUAUGGAGAUCUUUCCAGCAUGUUAAAAGUUGAGCAAAGGAGGAAAGAAGCUUUAUCUCAGACAGGUGAGAAUGGAGAAUCAACUUUAGAAAGUUCUCUGCAAGAUGUUGUAUCACGAUAUAGUUUCUUGGAUCUGCGGCCUUGUUCAUCUAAGGACUUCGAUCAUUUAGCUAGGCAAGAGUGGCUUUCUAGAAAUGUCAAUAAGAAGGUUGAAAGUUCUGUUCCUGCUAAUGGAGCUGGUUCUGCAGAUCAGAGCAUUUCAGGCAUUCCAAAUAAUUCUAAUAUAUCUGGCAAGGUUGUUCACCCAGAAGUAUCAAGAAUGGUGACUCAUGGUCCGAGACAACAGCCUGGUCCUCAUGUUUCUGUGCUUUCUGGUGUUUCAAGCACCUUGCCAAAUGGCACAUCUGCGGAUAGUGGAGGAACAACAAGUGCGAUCAAUGAUGUCCUGAAAGUCUUGCCACCAUCACUGGCAACCUUUGUGGCAAAUUUGCCUGCUGUUGAAGGCCCAUCUCCCGAUGUUGAUUUUGUUAUAUCCAUAUGUUUGCAAAGCAACAUAACUUCAGCUAGCAGGAAAUCUGGAACACCUCAACAGUUGUCAGCUGGGCCUGCUCCUAGUACCAGUGACCUAUCUGGUUCAAGCAAAUUUAAACAAACAAGAGACAGACAACCGGGAAAAAGGAAAGAUUCAGAGAGGCAAGAUGAUGAUGACACGUCUACAGUACAAAGCCAACCGCUACCUAGAGAUGCUUUCAAGAUUCGCCAACUACAGAAAUCUCGUGCCACCAGUUCACGUACUGGUGGUUCUGCAUCAUAUGGGAGUGGAUUUUCGGGUGAUCUCUCUGGCAGUUCCGGGUGAUAGAAUUUCUAGUCUGUUUUCAGAUGUAUGUAUGUAGAUUACUAUAAAAAAAUCUCAUCAUUGUUUGUAAGAUGGUAACAGGUCAAGAGAAAUCUCAGGAGACUCCUAAGUUUUUAUUUAUUAGGAAUAGUUCGUGUUGUGCCUUUGUACUGCAGCAUUCAUAAAAUGAGCCGCAGUCAUCUUUUGUAUUUUAUUUUUGAUGAGGUUAAGACCAUAGAUGAAGCUUAACUGAUAAUUGUCCCUGCUCUUGACACACUCUUAUUUUCUUCAUAAACUGAACUAAGGAAUUUUGUUCUCAUAGGUGCAUA